UUUGGUGCACGAUUUCAUUUCUUCCGUUAGGUGUGGGAUUUAUGUACGCUAUGUACUAAUACGUUUUAGCUGACCACGAACGAUACGUACAAAUUUGUCGUGGAUAAACAAGCCAAAUUGUUGUUUUAUCAGACUAAAAACGGUGACACUGUGAUGAGAAUGAGCUCGAAGGACAAUUGGGAUAUAGAAACACACAAAACGGAGCACGAGUGCGACGAACACUGGGAAUUAAGACGUAAAUUUUUAUUAGCUCACAAAGAAAAGUUUCCAGAAGAUGAACUUGUUUGCUUAGCCCAAGUGUUUUCAAAUGUUGAAUUGCUCGGUUGCAGGUAUCCAGAAGAAACAAUGCAGCUGAUAGCAGACUUAGGUCGAGAUAUUGUCGGUCAAUACAGGGAAAAACAAAAAAAUAAAUUACAAAGAACAUUUGUCAAAGCUUCUGAUGCAGCUAGUUCAAAGGUUAAAGGACACACUGCUCCAACAUCUGCCCAUAAAGUACAAACAGAAAUAAAAACUGCAAGAUCAUCUGCAGAUUUACAAGCUGAUAAAGUAUCUGUUAAACGAAGAAAAUUACAGGACCUACCAUUCGGUGAUAUUGUGUUAAUAGAAAGACCAGGUGAUAUACCGCAAAAUAUUCUUGCUUCUGCAUUAAAUAAAUCAGGUGGAGAUUUAGAAUGGAAAUUUGAUAGAGUAAAUAAUUCUUGCAAAUGCAGUAUUUUCGUUAAUUCAAAGUUAUUAGCAGAAGCUAUGGGUCUUACUCAAAAGUUGGCAAAAAAAGAUGCAUCUGUAAUUGGUUUACAAAAGCUACAGAAAUAUUACUAUACAAUUAAGAUUAAGCAGAAUAUACAUGGGGGUGCAAAUGUGACUACUACAACAAUGUUAAAUGACACAUCCAAAGAGGAUUCAAUUUCCGAUGAUAAUAUUGGAAGAAAGUUAAUGAAGUUAAUGGGGUGGACUGGAGGUGGUCUUGGGAAAUCACAACAGGGAAUCGUUGAACCAGUCACUAUCAAGCAGCAAAUUAGCAGAAAAGGAUUAGGUUUGAAAUCAAGUUCCUGCACGACGAACGAUUUGAAAAAUAAAUCGAAAGAUAUAAUGCGGAAGUAUCUUGCAGGCGACAUGAAAGAUGAUCUUAUAUUCUCCGCUGAUUUCACUAAUGACGAAAGAGCGAUAAUUCAUCAAGUUGCAAGACAAAUGGGCUUAAAGUCAAACAGUUAUGGUCCUAAGAAAGAACGAACGUUGGUGGUUUCUCGUAAAAUAGACAUACGAGAUUUAGUUGAAGAAUUGAAAAGCCUCGGAGGAGUCACUAGUAAAUACGAAUUGAUCGAACCGACCGAACUGUAAAUGAAAAAGUAUAUUUUUCGAUACAUAAUGCAAGUUUAAUGCAGAAGCAUAUAAAGAUAUAUCAACACAUAAAUGUUUAGAAUACAAUCCAAGAGAUGAAAUACACGUGUGGUUCUUAGCGUAAUAUUUGUCUCAACGUUAUUAACAUCACUUUUUACCGUAUGUUACAUGUAAGAUCACCAUUGUUCCAUUCAAUAAGAAAACGUCACAUGUUCAAAAGUGUUAUUCAUUAUUGCACAAUCCUAUAAACUUCCAACCAUGACACUAACUUUGAGCCACAAUAUUUGAUCAUUCUCUAUCUCCAAAUAGGAAACAGUGUUUCAAAUAUGU